GGGCGGCACACUCUGCCCCCCUCCGCCGAGGACCCUCCUCUUUCGCUCACCGCCUUUGCUCCCGCCGGCAUGGUGCUGCUCACCAUGAUAAGCCGGGUCCAAGACGGGCUGCUUUUGGCUGCCUCCAUGCAAGACACGGAGCAGUCAAAUCGGAACUUCCAAGAAUAUCACAGUCAAGCCAAACAGCUUUUCCGAAAGCUUGGGGAUCAUUCGCCAAAUCGCUGCUCUCUGCAGGCUGGAGCUAUGACAUUUCAUUACCUGAUCAGCCAAGGAAUUUGUUACCUGACACUCUGCGAAGCUACAUAUUCAAAGAAGUUGGCGUUCUCCUUUCUGGAGGAGCUGCAAGCUGAAUUCUGGGAGCUUUAUGGGAAGAAGGUGUCAUCGGUGUCCCGGCCUUAUGCCUUCAUUGAGUUUGACAUUUACAUCCAGAAGCUGAAGAAAUCCUACCUAGAUACUUGGUCAAAGCGCCACCUAAGCAACAUCAACUUGGAGCUCCAGGAUGUUCAGAAGAUCAUGGUGACCAACAUUGAAGAGGUCCUCCAGAGAGGGGAAGCCUUAUCAGCUCUGGACUCAAAAGCCAGCAACUUGUCAACCCUCUCCAAGAAAUACCGCCACGAUGCCAAGCUCCUCAACAGCCGCUCUGCUUAUGCCAAAGCCGCUGCCACCAGCCUCAUCCUGGUGGUGUUUCUGCUCUACAUUCGCUUCUGGUGGCUGGUGUGACCGGGUGUUCCCAAGGCCCGAUGCGUCUUGUGAAGGCAGGAGGGGGGCUUCUGCUUUGGGGAGAAACAUGGAAACAUCCCAAAGCUCGCCGCUCAGGACAAUGUUAUGUUUUGCAUCACUCCUUUUGCCCCCUUGUGGUCAGCCUAGAAUGGUGGCCACAGGAUGCUGAGCGGAAAGAUGACUAUUUAUGAUGGGAAAAGGCAGGUUGAUCUGCCUUUUGUAAAUGAGGAGAGCGUUGGCCUUCCGUAACUCAGCUUUUCUUUCAACCAAGGCCUGUUGUUGUGGCAUCGGCUCCCGCCACAAUAAAUCUGAAAGGUUGUUUUUUUUUUUUAA